AUGGCAUCACAAAAGGUACAGGGCUACGUCAGUGAUGAAAAAUAUGACGUGUCGAGGUGCACUGAGGAAACGGGGAAGCUGGAGGAGAAGCAGAAAAGGAGAAAAGGAAAGUCGAGACCUCCUGCAUCUGGAGUAGACGCACAACGGGACGAACCUGCGGAAGGCACACACGCUUCGUGUGCGAUGAACAGGGGGAAUGAGAAAGAAGCGGACGAGAGUGAAGACUGUGAGGGAAGCGGCGGUGUGGCCAGCGACGGUGAGGGAAGCAACGCUGAUGGUAGCGACGUGGACCCGAGUGAGGAACGAAGAAGGAAGCUCAGCAUUUACAAAAAAAAAGUGAACCAAGUGAAUAAAAUUCUAUACAACCUAAACUGCUUCACUAAGUUCAGCAGUCUUGAAUUCAGGAAAGGGAUGUCACAAAAUAAAAAGCAAAAAGAGACAGAGGUGGUAGAACCCACCUUCACUUCUGUCACCCCCUUCUCGAGGUGUGCACAGAAGGAAAGUCCCACAUCCCUCGUCACCUACACGCUCCACCCGAAACACCUCUCUCUUCAAAAUGAAGAAAAUGCAAGCAGCAAAGACAAUCGACCAAAUGCAAUACGGCAGGUAGUUCGCAAUUUCCAUAAGGGAAACGAUACAACUGCGUUAGGUAGAACCCGUCCUGUGCUUCACGUAGCGUACCAUCCCUAUGAUGAGAGAUGUGAAGAGGACUCAGAAGAACCCCCCAACGAGGUCAGCCUCAACAGUAAUUGUGAGGAGGGUGCUGCCACCCCAAAAAUACGCUCCAGGGUGCACUCCCAGCUAGCCAAAAUAAAACAAAAGAGGCUAGAACACAAAAUGCAUCUGAAGUUACCGAUUCUGCAUGACAUAAAAGAUUUCCUCAAGAAGAAGAAGAAGAAGAGGAAGAAAAAAAAAAAGGAAAAGUGGUGGCAGUGAAUGGGGCGUGGAACCCUCCAAGUUGAACAUGACUUGGAUGAAAAACGGAACCCCAUAAAGGGAUCCAAAAAGGGGUCCAAAAAAGGCUCAAAAAAAUCUGUUACGCGGAAAGGCAGCAAGGGGGAAGAGGAAGGGGCGAUGGAUUUCGCUUCAAUUCCACAGGCAGAGGCGUCUAACGCGAGCGUCGAGAAGGUAGACCGAAGCCAAUCGGGAAGUACCCCAUUAGGUACCAACCAACCGCACUCCGACCAAACGCACUCCAGCCAACCGCGUUCCCCCCCGCUGCUCCCAAACAAAGGGACACACAAGGAGAAACAGCGAAAGAAAGAUCACGCACAGCCCCAGCAGAGUGACUUAAACGACGUAGCUUCCAUGAGGCCCAUCAUCUACACACCAAUUAGCACUUAUGCGAAUAUAACCCUGAACCCACUUCCCGUAAACCAUGGGUUCUGUACCUCCCGAAAUUUAUCAGAUGUGGAUCAUACAAAAAAACAAUACAGAUGCACGAGCGAAAAUAAUUUUAAUUCUCCAAAUGUAUUGGCUCAGGAAGAGCAGAGUAACGUCGCUGGGGGAGACGCGUCUUUUGUCAAUAUGCCCCCUGCUCGUGAUGACGAUUUUGAGGAGAGGGAGUUGCCCCCGGAUGGGUUCAGGGGGGGGAUGCCCCUUGAGGCCAGGAGUGUGCAGGGAGUGGAUAGAAGCAGCCAACGGAGCGGAAGUCCAAACCGAGACAGCAGAGACAACCGAGACAGCCGAGACAACCGAGACAGCCGAGACAACCGAGACUGCCGAGACAACCGAGACAACCGAGACAGCCGAGACAACCGAGACAACCGCGACAACCGAGACAGCCAUGACGAGGGGGACUACUCGGUAGACGUGCUCAGCGACAACGUGAGCAGUUUCGUGUCGAGGGACUACGCCAACUACGCCAACUACGCCAACUACGCCAACUAUGUGAACUACAUUAACUAUAUGAGUUACGUCAAUCGAAUGAACCCAAUCAGCCACGCGAAUCGCCUGAGACGCGCCAACAGGAUCUGUGGAGAAGCCAAAAUGAAGGGGCCCUAUUCAACAGGGAACCCUACUUUAGCGAUUUUAAACGUGGAUACGUUAAUUAUAUGAAUGAAGACCUUUCCCAGUGGCGGAACCGAUUGGAAUAACUACACUAACGUAGGUAGUAACAGUGUCAUGGGAAUGAACAACGAGGACGUGGCCUCUGUAGAGGCAUCUCUUCUUGCGGGGGUAGAUGAAGUAGGAGAGUAUGCCCCCAGUAUGCGUGACAAUUCAAGGAGAAACACCAGCAGUGUUUCGAAUAGUCACGACAUCGAUUACAGCAUAUCUACUUCGGUCCGAAGUGCCAACAGACCAUAUAAUAAAAUUGGACCCCCUCACAGUGACCACCAUUAUGUGCACACAAAGGGAGGUCAAUAUGAACAAUAUGAAGACACGAAAGGGAUACAUCGCCAAAUGAAAUAUAACCCGUUUCUAUACAGAGACGCAAACUACCUAGGGGGGUACAAUCUCGAGAUGAAGACCCCAUGGGAUGGUCUCCCGACUUCCUCCCAUGGACCAGCCGCAAAUCUCACAGAGUGCCAACCCCCCCUCUGCGGGGUGCCCAAAUGAAUGGAAAACGGAACCCAAAAAAACGAAGCUAAAAAAAACGAAACUAAAGGGGAUGCGAUAUACCCGAAUGACCAGUUGGGAGAUGAAAAUCAGUGGAGAGAGUUCCCAAAUGGUGAUGACUUCAGAGUGCCUACUACUCAGGAGGACCUAUCGAAUGGUUACGAAGGCAUCGACAAGGUAGGAGCUGCACCAGUACGACUCCAGAAAGAGAAGAAGAAAAAAAAGUCAGCCUUUUCGAAUACGAAUCAGCAAAAUGAAGAUAAGACAAACAACUAUAACGAAAUGGUGAGGAAAUACAACGAACUUAAAAAAUGUAGCCAUGAAAAUAUCUCAGUGGACAGAAAUGAGGCGGAGGCGGAGGAGGAGGACUGCUCGGUAGAUGCAUCCACGAUGGGUGGCCCCUUUUGUUUGUUCUCCAAAUUAAAGCGAAGGAGUGCGAAGCAGCCUGACAAGGGGGGGGAGGCCACUGCCAUGCAGGGCAUAGAAAAAGGGGAAACCGACCCCCAGGUGUGUCCUCCUAAUCAUGACGUGGAGGGAUCCUAUGCAUACGUGCCGCAAAACGGGCAGCAGAUGAAUGAUAAGAGGAGGAAAAAAAAAAAAAAAAAAAAGAGGCAGAAAAAUGGUGAAGAUGUGGCUCAAAAUGGAGAGGCUGCUCAAAAUGGAGAGGCCGCUCCAAAUGGGGCACCUCCUCACUGUAAUGAUUCCCCCCAAAGGGAUAGAAACCAAAGCUGCGUCACCCUAAAUCACUACGAUAAGUUCAUCGCGAGAAGAAGUAACAUUCCACCCCCAAACGGAAGAAAAAGAAGAAGCCUAUCUCUAAACCUGCAUGACAAGCCAAGGGUACAUCUGUUGCCCCUCCUUCAUUGUGCAAUUCAGAGGUACGGUGCCCUUAAAGUGGGUACUAUCCCCUCCGCAGUGGGAGUAGUACCCCCUACGGCAUUUCACAGAGGUGAUAAAAGAAACAACACACCACGCAGUGUCCUCCAGGCAGACCUCUUCCUCCUGUUGCGCAAAACAGAAGAACUACUAAUCGAUCUCCUGAAGAAGGUAAAGCCGUCCAAGGAUAUCAAACGAACGAAGCGAAAAAUUUUUUCUCUUCUCUCCAAGUUAAUAAAACACUUAUUCAAAUGUGAUAUUAAAAUAUAUACCGUGGGUUCUAGUGCCUACGGGGUGGAUUCGAAAACGAGCGAUCUUGACAUAGUCAUUCAGGCCAGUCUCUACAACCCCAAGUAUAUCCUGCGCAACAUCUACAACUACAUCGCGCAGAUGAAGAGAAAACGGCAGAGCGAAGCGGCGGGGAAGGAGAGCGAAGCGGUGGGGAAGGAGAGCGAAGCGGCGGGGGAGCAGAUCAAAGCGGCGGGGAAGGAGAGCGAAGCGGCGGGGGAGCAGAUCGAAGCGACGGGGAAGCAGAUCGAAGCGGCGGGGAAGAAGAACGCCAAGGAUGCGAAGGAUGACUCCGCGACUGACCCAAGAAUCAGCGUCACAGCAGAGGAAUCUCAUUUAAAUAUCCAUGACAAACGGAACAACAGAGAUACCACACCCCUAGACCCAUCCGAAUGUGCCUUCUUCGACAACGUACAGCUACAACUGGUAGAUUCUGCAAGAGUACCCAUCCUAACACUCAGAAAAAACGACAUCGUGUGUGAUGUCUCUGUUAAUACAAACAACUCACUAAAACAUACUGAAUUCUUUUCAAGCAUUUUAAAAAAUUUUCCCAACUUAAAAAAUGUAAUGAGAAUUCUGAAGCUACUUCUGAAGGUUAGGACCUUACCAUCGAUGAAACAGGGAGGACUACCUACCAUCCUCUGGAUGAUGCUGUCUGUUUGUUAUUGUAAACUCCCCAUGGAGAGCAGUUUAUUUUGUGGAUCUGUUGAAAAAUACGUAGUGGGGAAGUAUGACCAGGGGAAGGCUCAGAGGGGCGUGAAAAAUGGCCACUGGAACGGCAAAGAGGGGGGAACCGCCAUUGUGGAGAAAAAAAUCAACUCCCAAACGGUGGUUAUUACCCUGAGGGGGAGCCAAACCGGAUGAAUGCACAUCGGCAUGUCGAGUUCGUCUCCCUCAGUGUGUAGCAGCGUGGUGAACCCGAUUAUGUCAGGGAGGUCGGCAAUCCCCAAUAGGGAGGUGAGCAUAGCGCUUUGUGGGGAACCCAUGGAGGAGAGGGAUGAGAAAGGGGAGGAAAAGGAGAUCGAAAAAGAGACCAAAAAAGAGACCAAAAAGGAGAUCAAAAAGGAGACCAAAAAAGAGACCAAAAAGGAGAUCAAAAAGGAGAUCAAAAAGGAGACCAAAAAAGAGGUAAACAAAAACGAAGGCGUGGGCAAUGAUCAAACGAGCGAAAAGGACCAAACAGGACAGACAUGCCAAGCGGGCCAAACUGCGGGAGAUUUUUCUAGCACGUCGUGCCAAUUAGUUGAGAAGAUAUUCUCUCAAAAUGAGUACGAAGAAUCGAGUGUCAACUCGUGCUACCAUCAUUACGCCGAAUCGUGUAAACAAAAUUGGGGAAGUGAUGGUGAAGGGGGAAGCGAUGAUGAGGGGGGAAGCGAUGGUGAAGGGGGAAGCGAUGAUGAAGGGGGACCCGAGUGCGUGCCGGCGUUUUCUUUACACUGCUCGGAACACCUCUCCCUCUGCGGUCGCCCCAACUGUUUCGACUCCUCCCUUACACAAUCGACAAGGGAUAAAGACCCACAGACGCACCAGCAGAAGCGGAAAAGAAAUAUCCUAAAGAUAAUGCACCGUAAUGGUAAAAUAUUGUCCCAGUUUGAACCCUCCAUGGGAGUCGCACCGAGUGAGGAGGGAAAAAAUGAAGGAGCUGCAAAGUGUGUGAUGAAUUCGCAAAGUGGAGGAAGAAAGGACCUCGAGAAGGAGACCAUUGGGAGGAGAGACCAACCUGGGGAGAGCCACGGUGCAGUCAGCGAGAGCCAUCUGAUGGCUCUCGCCCCCCUCUUUUACUCCCUCAUGAUUCUGUUUAAUGAACUGAACUCCAGAAAGAAGCUGACCAAAACGAUAAACAUUAUCGAUGAAGAAAAAUGUCAUCUCAAGAAUACAGACGAAAUCAACAAAAGGUUGCUCUCUUCUGUAUGCCACGGGGGGGUUUGGGACGAGCUACUUACUCUGUACGACCCCAUUUAUAGCUUUAACUACGAAAGGUACAUUAGCCACGCGAGCGGCCAUGCGAGUGGCCAUGCGAGCGGCCAUGCGAACGGCUAUGCGAAUGGCUAUACUAACCGCUAUACCAACCGCUAUGCAAUUGCGGAUACACCUGCGGACGUUGCGAGACCCACCGAGAGCAGCGCAGGCAGACCCAAAGAGCAAACACAAACGAGUCUUACGAAAAACACAACAGGGAACCACAUGUAUAGAGAAAAAUUUGGGACGGACCCCCACCAAAGGAACGACAUCACGUAUUCCACAUGGUCCAAAAAAAAAACAAAAAGUUUAACUCCUGAUGACUGUCGUAAAAGUGGAAGCUCCCUCUCAAUCAGUUAUUGCAAUCCCAGGGAGGUAGAUCAGAUCCCCUGGGAGAAGGAUCAACACAAAGAGGAAACAAAUCUCGAACACCAAUUGGAAAAAAAGGAUAAAAUGGCUAGCGAGUCAUUUUUUUCAAUGCUAGAUGAUGUAACGUCUUCUUUUAAUAAAAUGGAUAGAAGGAAACACUCAGGGAAACAGGAGAGUGUAUCGAAUGGAGUUGUUCAUUCCGUGAGCGUAGAUCGGGUCAACUGUGAUAGCCACCCAUAUUGGGAUCAUCCCCCCUCGAACGAUGUGAAAGGUCCUUUCGUUGGCGAUACUGUGAAGACGUAUGGUGCUACCCCCCUAGUGAAGGAAAUUAAAAUCGGCGAAAGGGUUGCCAGCGGGUGCUCCAUCUCGACCAACAGCAGUAGCAGCGGGAGUGCCGUGGGAAGAAGCGGAAUCGAAAGAGGCUUCCGAAGCGGCAUCGAACGCGACAUCCGAAGCGGCACCCGAAGCGGCAAUUUGCACAAGUCGCAUACUCGUGAGGACCACUCUUUAAAUAGUGAAAAGAGGACCCCUCCUCCUGGUGGAAGGGACAACCAUGCGAUAAAAACAGACGUAGAAAAUGAAGAUCAUGUAGCAGAAGGAGAGGAUAAGACGAACCCCUUCCUUCUUCACACAGAACCCCAGGUAGACUCCCACUGCAACAUCGCAGGUGGACCGACCCCCACGAGAAACUCGCAUGGGGAUGUAGAAUACCCAAGUCACCCUUUCUCACCUCAUCGAAAUGGCAACACAGAAAUGGGAAAAACAGUUGGGGGGUAUAGUACAUCGAACGGAUUUAAGGGACCGUCUCAGGGACCACUGCGCAAAGGAGAUCGUCCCUCUAUUAGCGAAAAUCCCCCAGUGAGAAGGAAAGAGCAUUACAUGAAUGACGAAGACGUAACGACAACCACCAUGAAUGGAGUUCGUCCCAACGGAGAACGAGGUUCUUCUCAUUUCUCCUCCAGCUGUUCGAACAUUGCCUGGGGGAGUCUCCCCCAUUUAGAUAUGCAUACCCCCGCGCUAACCACGUCCAUAAAUUACUUCAAUGAGGUCCUUCUGGCGAACUCCUUCUCUCCCAGCGACACCAUAUUGCAUGGUAGCAUAGAUAAAAAUUUUAAAAUUCAUGAUAGAACCCUCCACUUGUGUUCCAACGAAAUGAAUACCUACAUGAGUCAACACAGAUGCAGCGUGACAUCGAAUGAACAGAAUACAAUCCGCUUCAAGUACAACCAAAACAGUCACAUGGCAGAUAACGGAUUGGCAAAAAAGGAAAAAAACAACAAACCGGGUGAUCGCGUGGAAGGGCGAACAACAGCACGGACUGUCAUUCAAACAAGGAAAAACACGAAGACAUUCGAAAAGAAGUACGAACAGAAUAUCGACUUGGCAGGAAAAGUCAGCAGCGCCACGUGGUUAAUAUAUCUGUAUGAGUUGAAGCGGGCUAGUUUUUUUAUUAACUAUUACCUUCACCAUUUGCAUCUGUUCAUUUUUUUUAAAAAGCACUUUAGUGGGGGGGGACAAAGAAGGGGACCCCAAAAUGGGAGCGAAGAAGGGAAAUCAAAUGGGCCAGAAGCAAAAUCAAAUGGGCCAGAAGACACCCCGAAUGGGACACAGGCAACCCCUGAUAGGGACUGCGAACCAACCCAUGUGCCAAACCCCCCGUGUGACCCGCAAACCAGGAUCACCAAAAACUACGAGAUAUUCCAAAAGAAGCAGUGGCUCACCAUAAAGAUAAACUCAAGAGACGAACUGACAGAUGCAAACAAACCGAGUCUGCAAAGGGGGCAGGUCCUCUUUCCAAAUGCCACCUUUCCGCUCCUCACCCAGAAGGAGCAGUCAAUCGUCAUCGACAAAAAAGGUAACCAAUUGGACCUGAUUAAGAGAGAGUCACCUCAAAUGGAAAAAAAAAACCAAACUGAUGAAAGGAUGCAGACCAAGGAAAACACAACACUCAGCGAAAGGGUAAAGAAAACGGACAAGAACAACCUGGACCCCAUUUGGCAAAUAAUUUUAAAAUGCAUUUUGCAAAACCUAAAAUGUUGCAUCCAUGCACUGUUCGAACGGACAAAAGGAGAAAUAUAUGUCCUUCCCUUCCGUCCUCAGUUGGAAAAAAACUCUCGCGUGCGUAGAAGCAGUAGGGAGGAGCUACCUUCCAAGGAGAACCAUCGUAAUGAUGAAGAAAGGGGACAACGAGGAGGUCGAUUUGCAACCCCAAAAGGAGGAGAAAUCACCGAAGGUUGUCACAACAUGAACGCACUUCCAACGGAUGGUGAAACGACUAGCCAAAAAAGCACGAAUGCAAAAAGUCAUCACCAUAAAGAACAAAGUCUAGAUGACCACGACCCCACAGAUACAGAGAACCAAUUCGCCCUUGUCCUGAUAGAGGGAAAACUCGUAUUCGUUAAAUUUGUCAAAAUCUGCAUCGAUCGAAAUAAAUUUUGGGAUGAAAGCUUUCUCUGCAGGAGAGACAUCAGGACAGUCAUCCACGCCAAGGCUCUGGAUGUCCUUGACACAAACGUGAAUGCAAAUCUCGCAAAACAAAUUUACACAUCCAGCGAUACGUCUGACUUUGACCACAUGCUACUAGAGGAUAACUCCUUGGAGGAAGAUGAGCGUUUUUCCAAGAAGGACUCUACGUUAAGUGACUUCCCGUGCGCUGCCAAUGAGAACGUCCAAAAGGAUGCUGCUGUGACUGGGGGUGGAAUCAAAGGCGAAAAAGCUACUUCGAACGAACCCAAGAGAAGAACGAAUCAUCUAUCCGACGGGAAGAACCACUACUUUGUGGAUAACGCGAAGAGGACCAUGAAAUCUUGGGAUUACGAAAAACAGAAACUAAAGGCAAAGUGCAGUAAUUUUAUUUACAACUCGAGAAAUGACUACCUUGGCCUUCUGUUGGAACAGAACGGGGGGGGCAGGGACCGGAUGGUCAAGGGGCGAGCAGGUCAGCCGGGUGAGACAAGUGAACCGGGUGAGACAAGUGAACCGGGUGAGACUAGUGAACCGUGCGAGUCGCUCAAACGGGAGAGGCCGCCAAAACCGGAGAGGCCGCCAAAACUGGAGAGGCCGCCAAAACUGGAGAGGCCGCCAAAACUGGAGAGGCACCCCAAACAGGAGAGGCACCCCAAACAGGAUGAGCCGCCCAAACCAGGUGACAUAUUCCUCAUCAACCCGUGCAACUUCGUAACACGUGUGAACGUAAAAACAGUGUACCUACCUCGAAGGAAGCUGAAGGAAGAACUGAUAGGCACCAUUUGCGAAAGGAUUCACCUGAAGGAGAGUAAAAUGAGGAAAAUUUUCAUGCUACGCAAAAAGGGACAACACCUGUCAGGAAGCACAGUACCGUUGGAGGGAGAGCAACAAAGGGACGGUCAAACAGAUGAACAGAAGGAAACACCAGAAGGAGAUGACGACAUAUGCUGCGUACGAAUCAUCCCAAGAAAUGAAAUAAUGAGAUACAAAGAGCUAAUCCGCAUUACGAAAAACAGUCCCUUUUAUCAUAAGAAGGCGAAGCACAUAACUAACAAUACCAAUCCCCCCCUGCAACAACCUGUGAGUGUAUGUAAUUUUUGUCAUACCAGGGGAACCUUUAAUGUGAAAACGAGCCACUUUACUCUAUCCCAUGUGGACUCCGAUGUUGCGGAAAGUAUCACUCAGUUUCUCCGUCAGUUGAUACAUGGGAAGUGUGUCUCCCCGCAGAUGGAGAAGUAG